AUAGAAACCACAGAUAUAAGUAGGAUUGUGUCUAAUAAGUUAAAGUGAAAUCGUGGUAGCUAUGAUGGGUUCGCUUGCUACACAGAAAGGGUGGAGGAAAGGCCCUUGGACUGGUGAAGAGGACAAGUUGUUAAGUGAAUAUGUUAGCUUGCAUGGGGAUGGUAGGUGGAGUUCGGUGGCGAAAUUUACAGGAUUAAAUAGGAGCGGCAAAAGUUGCAGGUUAAGAUGGGUAAAUUAUUUGAGACCCGGCCUCAAGAAAGGUCAAUUAACACCGCUGGAAGAAGAAAUCAUUAUUGAACUGCAUGCAACCUUGGGUAACAAGUGGUCUACAAUAGCAAAGUACUUGUCGGGUAGAACUGAUAACGAGAUUAAGAAUUACUGGAGAACUCACUUCGGGAAGAGGGAGAGAUCCAAACACAAGAAGAAGCUGCAAAGGCCAAAAGUGAAAAGGGUGCUUAAACAAUUGAAACACAAGCAACAACAGGAACAACAACCUCAAGAGUAUGAUAUUAAAAGCAUCAUGUCUCAUGAAGAGACCGUAAACGAAACAAAAUCCUUUGAGACACAAAAUUGUAAGCAACAAGAAAUGGGCUUCAUGUAUCCAACAACAGAGCACCAAUAUACCGUUCCUAAUUCCCUGCAUGAGGGAUUCUCGUCCACGUGGCAAGACAGUACUCUAGUGGAUGAUGACUCAUGGUUUAGUUUAUGGGACUUUGAUGAACCACAAGGUUUUUCUGAUUAUGUUGACCAGUUUAGCAAAUGUGCCAUGCCAAAUCAAGCUACCUUUCGAGUUGGAGGGGAUUAUUCCAUGCAAAAUGAUGUUAAAACUUCUCGUUUUGAUGAUGCAUACGAUAACGACCUCUUCUACGGAAAAGACAUGUUUGGAUGAACUUUCGUAUUUUUGGCUAAAUGCAUGCAACUAGUUCAAUAUAUAAGUUCAUCCAAGCCAGUUCAUCGACCACUCCAUGUCUCCAUCGAUCUUACUAGGGUUUUUUUUUUUUUCAGUGUACAUAGUUGAAUAUGCUUAUAUGCAUGUUUUUAUUUGGCUUUCUUGUGAUUGACAUAAACUUUUUUUUUGUAGGCGACACAAACUUGUUAUUAAUGAACUAAUAAUAUUAAAUAUUA